GGUCGGUUACUAUCCGCUAUACGCAUUGAACGAGGAAAAUCUUGGAAUCCCUCACCGAACCCAUACUACAUUAACAUUCCGAUAACCGAAUAUCUGGAUUUUCCUUUUUCAUUAUGGCGAUUGGUUUUACUCGUCACGUUUACUUGAAACUUUGUCCGUUAACGGCUUUACGCACCUAUAGAUUUGCUGCUGCUUUAACGCAUUCGGAUCAAUCCACCCGUUACACUCCAAUACUCGAUAUAACAAGACCGGAGUUGAAGGAAACAGUCGCACUUUAUCGCGUUGUGAAUCAAGAUGGGUUUGCCUCUUCUCCUGACUCGGAACCUACAUUGGCGAAGGCGGAUCUCUUACAAAUGUUCCGUACCAUGGUUUUGCUGAACACCAUGGAUCGAAUUAUGUUUGAGUCCCAAAGACAAGGUCGUAUCUCGUUCUAUAUGACUAACUACGGAGAGGAAGCCUGCCAAGUUGGAUCGGCGUUCGCUUUGGACAAAGGCGAUCUGAUUUACGGUCAAUAUCGCGAAGCUGGUGUUUUAUUGUCGCGAGGGAUGACCCUGGAGCAAAUGAUGGACCAGUGCUACUCAAACGUGAAUGAUUGCUGCAAAGGCAGACAAAUGCCCGUUCAUUAUGGCUCACUUGACGCGAACUUCUCUACGAUUUCAUCCCCACUGGCAACACAAGUUCCUGUCGCUGUUGGUUCGGCCUACUCAUACAAACUGGCUCGAAACGGUCAAGUGGUUGCUUGUUAUUUUGGUGAGGGCGCAUCUUCUGAAGGAGACACCUUUGUCGCCCUCAAUUUCGCAGCUACUCUUCGGUGCCCGAUCCUAUUCAUUUGCCGCAACAACGGUUAUGCGAUUUCAACCCCAGCAAAUGAACAAUAUCGAGGAGACGGAAUUGUGUGGGGCAUCAUAGCACCAGCGACGACAGUUUGGCCUACCGAACUGCCCAGGAGGUGAGCUAUUGGGAUAAAGAACACAAUCCGAUUCUCCGGCUCCGUAACUACUUGUUCCGCAAGAAUUGGCUGACUGAGGAGGAGGAGAAACAUAUUCGGGACGAGUGUCAUAAGCAGGUUAUGUCCACCAUCCCUGUUUGUGAGGCGAAACUCAAACCCAGUCCGGUUCACUUGUUUACCGAUGUCUAUUCGCGCAUGCCCAGUCGCCUUACCCGCCAAAUGGAAGCCACUAAAGAACACACCAGACGACACUCAGAAAGCUACCCGCUUAACAAAUAUGAACCUUUCGACUAGUCCGUUACUCAGUGAACACCCUAUUCCCUAUCUUCACUUAUUUGUCCCCGAUGUCUUUGGCGUCUCUCCUUGAUUGAGCGUGCACCUGAUUCCUAGUCUAUAAUAUUUUAAUUUUCACGUAUAAUCAUUUUCCCCUAUCGCUGCUCCAAAUCCGGCAUCCUAUUGACUUUUUUAUAUCAAAAGGUUUGCCCAUUCUGUCAUUUCCACCCCGCAACCUUGCGCUGUUCCUGUGUAAAUCUCUGUGACUAGUUGAUAGGUUCUCGUAUUUUUCGAAGUUUGUUCCUCACCAUGGAUCUUUAUGUUAAUCUAUGUUGAUCAAAGUACCCUGUUUCCGUUUG